ACACACAAUUCAUCGUGCUCUCUAUUUCCUUCUUUCUUCUACAUUUCUUUCAAUCAAAUUUAAGUUUCUUCAUUAAAAAUGGCAGCAGAAGUUGAGUACAGAUGUUUCGUCGGAGGCCUUGCAUGGGCCACCGACGACCAAGGGUUGGAGACUGCUUUUGCUCCUUACGGACAAGUCAUUGAUACGAAGGUAAUCCUAGACAGAGAAACCGGCAGAUCCAGAGGAUUUGGCUUUGUUACAUUCGGAAGCAAAGAAGAGCUUGACGCUGCGAUCGAAGGAAUGAACGGUCAAACACUCAACGACCGUCAGAUCACUGUUAACGAGGCUCAAGCUCGCGGCAGUGGUGGAGGCGGUGGUGGCGGCUUCCGCAGCGGCGGAGGCGGCGGAUACGGUGGUCGUGGAGGAGGUGGCUACGGUGGAGGAGGCGGCUAUGGAGGUCGCCGUGAAGGCGGUGGUGGAGGCUACGGAGGAGGUGGCGGUUACGGUGGUCGCCGUGAAGGCGGCGGUGGUGGUUACGGAGGAGGUGGUUACUCCCGAGGUGGUGGUGCUUCCGAUGGCGGAAGCUGGAGGAAUUAGAUUUAUGACGAGAUGUCGUUAUAAUUUUAUGUUAUGGUCGUCAUUUAGUUAGAUGUUGCGAUCGAUUUGAUGUUACUGUUACUGUGUUAUGGUGAUUGUUUUGAUCUAUGGUUAAUUAAGGUGUUCUGGAAAAAAUGUGGUAUGGUUGAGAGUGAGGUUGGGUGUUACUUUUUUUAAUUAAAACAAUAGUUUCAGCCUUUGGAUUAAUGAAAAAGAGAUUGAAUGCCAAAUUUUUAUUG